ACCCACUCAGUACUCUGCUAGUCCCUAACUUGCCUUUGGGCAGGAAAAAGAAACUUGUGAGAAAUCAAAACUGCACUGCAGAGUUGGUCACAGAGAAGAGCCCACUGUCCAGAUUCACGUGUCCUGCUUCAGCACCAUGAGCAACACGACCCAGACCUUCUCCCAGGCCCAUGUUGGCCUCCCUCCAAACUAUGAAAAGAUUCAGGAGGAGCAUGAAAUCGCCGUGCUAGGGGGCACCCAUGGUCCGGUUCCCCCAACAUCCACUGUGAUCAACAUCCGCAGCGACACUGCUGUGCCUGACCAUGUGGUCUGGUCCCUCUUCAACACGAUCUUCAUGAACACGUGCUGCCUGGGCUUCAUAGCCUUUGCCUUCUCCAUAAAGUCUAGGGACAGGAAGAUGGUGGGCGAUGUGAUCGGGGCCCAGAGCUACGCCUCCACUGCCAAGUGCCUGAACAUCAGCGCCCUGGUCUUGAGCAUCAUCAUGAUCAUUGUUUUCAUCACAUUAUAUGCUGCAACCAUCACAGCAAUCAUCCAAAACUUGUCUCAGUCGAAAAUAGAUUCUCAGGGUUACUAGUUCUGUUGUGCUCUCCCCUUCACAGCUGCCUGAUCCUGGGCUAGGGCCUGCCCUUUGCCCCACUCCCUGACCAACUUCUACAAUUGGAAUCAAUAAAGUGUGUACGUUCUUA